AUGACGACAACGAUCCUCCUCUUUCUCCGACGGCCGCCAUCGCCCAGCCCUUCUUCUUCAGGGUCUCCUAGGGCCCGGCUCGUCCAUACUCAAGAUCUUCCCACUUCCAUCCUUCCCCGAUCCAACUCUUGGAAUGAUCCUGCUAUCAUGCAAUCCGACUCCACCUCGGCUGUCGCCGCUUCCCGCUUCCGCUCCACCCUCCAGGAUUCCCAACUUCAUGGCCUCUCUGCCAAAUACACUGCUCCUUCCAACCUCUCGGACUCCUUCUCUGACCUCCUUGCGAAAUCCAUUCGCAGCGGACCCCACACUCGUGCCUGGUUUCGCACCGAAGCCUACAAUCUCAUGCUCCCCGUAACAUUGGAGGUUUUCUCAUCAUCGCCAAGUUCCGCCCGACUUGCCGACGCGGUUCAUGGCUCUUUCAGCGACCUUUCCCUCUUCUGUAUCACGUGA